CUUCACUGUAAUGUUAGUUGCUACAGACAUGGCAGCACUAGCGAUGUGAUUUUUAUGAAACACUAUUUUUGGAUAACUUCCAUCGAAAGCUGUCGGGUUUAAACGCGCUCCAGCAUGUCUCUGUUCAAAGCGCGCGACUGGUGGGCCACCGUCCUGGGAGAGGGCGAGGAGUUCGACCAGGGCUGCCUGUGUGUGGGGGACGUGGACAACAGUGGAACCGGGUUUGAUAAAGUGGUGGUGGGCAGCUACAUGGGCAUGCUGCGCAUCUUCUCCCCUCACCUGUCCAAACCUGGCGAGCCGUCCGAGGCGGACGCCCAGCUGCUGGAGGUGCACCUCAGGGACCCCGUCAUCCAGGUGGAGCUGGGCAAGUUCGUCUCGUGUUCAGAGCUCCUUCACCUGGCUGUGCUGCAUCCCAGGAAGCUCUCAGUCUAUGCGGUGUCAGGGAUGGCUGGGAACGUGGAGCACGGCGACCAGUACCAGCUGCGGCUGGUGUACGAGCACAACCUGCAGCGCACCGCCUGCAACAUGACCUACGGGUCCUUUGGAGGAGUCACAGGUCACCACUUCAUCUGUAUCCAGUCGAUGGACGGGAUGCUGAUGUUCUUUGAGCAGGAGACCUACGCCUUCGGACGCUUCCUGCCCGGCUUCCUGCUCCCGGGGCCGCUGUGCUACUGCGCCCACACCGACACCUUCCUCACCGUGUCCUCCGCACGCCAGGUGGAGAGCUACAGGUACGAGACGCUGGCUGUCGCCACGGACGCAGACACCAGGCAGGAGGGAGAACAGCAGAGUAAGAGUUCUGGGAAGAGACUGCAGGCGGACUGGACUCUGGUUCUGGGCGAGGGAGCGCUGGACAUCUACGUGCUGUCCUUCUCCUCGUCGUCCCACUCCAUCUUCGUGCUGGGCGAGCGCAGCCUGUACUGCCUGAAGGACAGCGGCCAGAUCCGCUACAUGAAGAAGCUGGAGUACAACCCCUGCUGCUUCUUCCCCUACGCCGCAGUUGGCGAGGGGACGAGCAACGUGCUAAUGGCUAACCACAACAACAUGCUGCUGGUCUACGAGGACAUCACCCUCAAGUGGGCCGCACAGCUCUCCUGCGUACCUGUGGCCGUGCGGGUCGCCAACUUCCAAGAGCUGAAGGGGCUGGUGGUGACGCUGAGCUGUGAGGGCCAUCUCCAGUGCUCCUACAUGGGCACGGACCCCUCGUUCUUCACCGCGCCCAAGGUGGAGGCCCGCGAGGUCAACUACGAGGAGGUGGACGCCGAGAUGCGCUCGCUGCAGAAGAUCAUCAGAGAGACCACCAAGACCCAGGACAUCCUUCCAAGGGCAGACAUCGAAGAUGACUUGAUUAUCACAGCCUCCGUCUCCACAGAUUUGGACGCGGUCUCGCAAGCCCUGCUCCCUGAGAUCAAUGGCACAGCUGUCCCCUCCGUCACCGUUCAGAUCAAAGUGAAGAGUCGGAAUGCGGUGCAGAGCCCCAAGAUGACCGUGUGUGUUCAGCCGCCACUGGCCGUCUCUCAGGACCAGUUUGUGCUGGACUCUCUGGGCGCCGGUGCUCAGACGGUGGUGACCUUCUCGGCGUUCCUGGACGGACUCUACCCGCCGGCCGACCUGACUGGCGACGUGGCCGUGUCCUACAGCUCCCCCACAGAGCUCAACCCCGCAGGCGUUCCGCGGGUGACCCAGUGUAAGUUCCCCCUGCCCCUCCAGCUGGUGUGCUGUCCGACCGCACCCCUCAAGAGCGCCAAGUACAAGAUCACCGUGGACACCAACAAGCCGCCCGUCAACCUCAACCAAGUCUUCCCAGAGUUUGCAGUGAAGUCUGAUGACAAGGAGGGGGGAGCACUGGCCUUCCGCUUCAUCACUGGCUCCAGUGUGUCUGUGCUGGCCUCCAAGUCCUCACAGCGCUACAGGAUCCAGAGCGAGAGCUUCGAGGACAUGUGGCUGGUUGCCAAGGAGCUGGUGCAGCGCUUCGACGGGCACUUUGCCAAGCAGGGGGUCAAUGACUUCCGCAACAGCUUUGCUGGGCCCAUCCCACUGGCAGAGUACUUUGAGAUAGUGGAGCACCACUUUGAGUUACGUGUGAAUGCCGAGAAGUACCAGGACCUGCUGUCCGAGCGGGCGGUCCAGUUCAGGGCCAUCCAGCGCCGCCUGCUGACCCGCUUUAAGGACAAGACCCCGGCGCCGCUGCAGAACCUGGACACACUGAUGGAGGGCACCUACCGGCAGGUGAUCGCGUUGGCGGAUGCGGCGGAGGAGAACCGUGCCAACCUGCACCAGGCGUUUGCCCGCCUGCGUAGCGCCACCCACCUGGUGAUCCUGCUGGUGUCGCUGUGGCAGGGCCUGGGCGCGGACCAGACCGCCAUCCUGGAGGCCUCGCUACUGCCCCUGCUGCAGGACACGCCACAGCUGGGCUGGGAGGAGAGCGUGGACGCGGCGGUGUCCCACCUGCUGCGGACGUGCCUGUCGCGCAGCCCCAAGGACCAGGCCACGGCGCUGAGCACCGCAGCACUGAGCAUGCCCAAGGACACGGCCCGCCUCAAGAAGCACCUCACGCUGCUCUGCGACCGCCUGGGCAAGGGCGGGCGCCUCUCACUCUCCUCCGACGCCAACGUGCCCACGCCCGUCAUGAUGCCAGGUGGCUGUGAGCCCAUCACGGAGACCCCGGCGGAGGUGGAGCAGGAGCAGGAGGAGGAGCCUCCUCUGCAGCAGGAGUCGGCCGCCAAGUUCAUCAAGAAGAAGCAGCCGUCCAAGAAGGUCAAGAGCAAGUCAGAUUCUUCUAAAGAGUCGUCGAAAGAAGGGAAGAAAGAGUCCUCGAAAGAAAGUAAGAAGGAGAGCUCAAAGGAACCUGGGAAAGAGAAGGAAUCCAAGAAGGUGUCUUCGAAGGAGUCUUCAAAAGAGUCCUCGAAGGACGCCAAGGAGUCCUCCAAAGAGCCAAAGAAGGAGUCCAAGAAGAAAGAGUCCACAAAGGAUUCUGGGAAAGACGCUGCAGCCAAGGAGGAAGGCAAGGAGGGUCUGAAGGAGCCGACCAAGGUCAAGAGGAAGACGUCGGUGAAGAAGGAGAAGGAGAAGAAGAAGGAGAAAGAGCCAGAGGCAGGAGAGGGUUGAUGGAGCCAUGCAGUAGACACUAGCACUCCAAACACAGAUGCACGCUCUCUCUCUCACAGACACACACACACACACACACACACACACACACACACACACACACACAUAUACUCAGUCAUGUUUAUAUGCACAUGCACAAACUUUGAAUUACUACUUGGAGCCCCACCCACUUAACUUCCGUGAAGCAGCUCCAUUUUGUGUGUGUGUGUGCGUGUGUGUGUGCGCGUGUGUGUGUGUGUGUGUCUAGUUUGUGUUAGCACAGAUAGCUCUAGAGCUCUGCCAUGCACCACGCUCAGACUGAGAGCAACACGCAUUCUAAAACCAAAACAUUGGCUCCAAUCAAAACAUCAUCUGGAGGCCUGGCACAGUCCAGCAUCACAGCUCUUCCCCCUUCACUCCGGGCCCAGCAGUACAGUUGGCCUCUCCCUCUCUCUCUCUCUCUCUCCUUCUCUCCCUCUUUCUCUCCUUCUUUUUCUCCCUCUCUCGCUCUUCUCUCUCCUCUCUCUUUCUCUCCUCACUAUCUCCCUCUCUUGCCCUACUCUCUCUCUCCUUCUCUUUCUCUCUCUUGCUCUGCUCUCUUUCCCCCUCUCUCCCUCUCUCUUUCUCCCUCUCUUGCUCUGCCCUUUCUCUCCCUCCCUCUCUGUCGCUCUCUCUCUCUCUCUCUCUGUCCGGGCGCUGGGGUGGGUUUAUUUUAGUUACAGCGGCCGUCUGGAAAGCCACAGGCCUGCUCUCGCCCGUAAUCCCGUCUGCUGCGAUAACCAGCCGACCACGUGUGCGCCGGUCCCGCUCUCGCUCUGACGUCCCUCUCUCCCUCCCUCUCUCUCUCUCUCUCCCUCUCCCUCCAUCCCUCUGUCCCUCCCCGUCCUUUCGCCCCCCCCCCCCCCUCUCGCACGGCUCCACGUCCCAUCAUACCUCCACACCAGCACCACCAGCACCACCCCCCUUCCGCUGCUAAGAAUACCCCUCCGUCCGUCCCGUCCGUCCCGUCCGUCGGUCCAUCCGUCCACCCAUUCAUCCGCUCCCCCCAACUCCCGAGUGGCCACUCCGUCCUGAGCCCGGCCAGGCCACUUCCACCCCAGUGGGCAUGUGGAGGCUGGAGGCCUCAGAAGGAGCUCUGUCCCCCUCCUGGUACUAACACCACCACCACCACCACCACCACCACCACCACUGCUGCUCCUGCUGCUCCUGCUCCUGGCCCGGGCCUGCACUGCAGCAGGAUGGAAAUAGUGGCUCACGGCAAUGAGGAGCGAGGACACAAUCCAUCCAUUAGAUCCUCAUCUCGACAAACCACAGGGGAACAAAAUCAAAGGCGCGCACGCACAUCUAUCACGUCGUAGAGGCAUGUGGACCUACGCACACACACACACACACACACACACACACGCGCGCGCGCGCGUGGGCGCGCACACACACACACACAGCCACAUGGACACAUAUGGGACUGACCACAGGAAAAGACACACGUACACUUACACACACACUCAUACUCUCGCAGAUACAUUUGUGUACAUAUUCAAAUACACGCACAUACACACACCACUACCACAUAGGCCCAUAUGGACUGACCACACACACACACACACACACACACACACACACACACACACGCUGAAUACAGAUUGAGUAGUAUAGCCUUAUUUAGAAGCUGCCACCCAUAAUCUGGGCUGGAUGUGCGCGGCCUAUCCGCUGGCAGAUGACCUUGCAGCCCGGGGGAAGCGGUGCAGCAGUGGCCGUGUGUGUGUGUGUGUGUGUGUGUUUCCACCCGUCCAGGCCAUGUGUGUGGCGCUCCGAUUCCGACUUUGUGUGUGUGUGUCAUGGGAGAGUCUCUGUGUACGUAGCUGCAGCCUUCUUCAUCAGGAGUGUGUGUGUGUGUGUGUGUGUGUGUGUGUGGAGGAGAGGGGCGUGAGGUUCUCCAUGUGAUGUGUUGCCAGCAUGGCUAUGCCAUCAGACACCUGUUCUGCAUCUGCUCCCAAAGACAGGCAGUGGUAGAAGAGAGGCGCCAUAGACAUUGCUGUGGAGAUUUGGGUGCUGUUGUUUUGUUAGACUUGUGCUUUUUUUUUGUUGUUGUUGUUCAGUACCGUCAGUCUUCUUGUUGUUUUGUUUUUUGUUCUUCUGUCUCUCUCUGUUGGGUUUUUUGUCUGUUUUCCAUCCCUGUCAGUACUAUUUCUUGCAUUCGUUUACUCCAACUCACUCUCUCACCCGUCUCUAUUUUUUCCCCUCACGCUAUUGUGUUGUUUUUUUUGUUUGUUGUUGUUUUGUUUUUUAAAAAAAGGCUGACUUCAGCUGGGGUGUUUGUAAUGGCGGUGACAGUGCUGUUUAUCUAUUGUAUGUCGAUGAUGAGCUGUCACUCCAGAAGUAAGCCCCGCCCCGUUGUCUUCUGGCAACUCUCUGUCGCAGAUGCAACAACGUUCAAACAAUGUGCUGGUGGGGGACCAAUGAAAACAAUGAAAUCCCAUGUCAGUCACAUCCACAGAAAUGCCAUCUCAGGAUCGUUACCUUGUUAUUAUAUCCCAUUUUUACGUCGGAAGUUUUUUGAUAGCCACUUUUAGAGCUCCUUGGAAUGCCCGGCGCCCUCGGUGGUCAGUCUGUGUCGUGCAGAAGGAGCCAGUGUAGAGUAGAGACCGUAAAACUUCUAGAGCUUGUUGUUAGCUGGCGCUGCCGCUCCAUAUUUGAUUCGUCGCCGCCGCCACCGCCGCCGCCAUCGGGGGGCACUGUGUGGCGCUGUGCCAUAUAGUACACACGUGAUAAAUUUCGGAGGGACAACGCUCAAUGUCUGGCCUGUAUCACUUGCAAAGGGGCUGAAUCAGUGUAUUGUCCUUUUGGGGGUACAAGUUACGAAAAAACGCUCGUGAAUUCAGUGUCCACAGUCUCAUCUGGCCAGACAUGGGACAAGAGUGGCAGCUAGCGCAAGCAGAGACUGAAUGUGCAAACUUUGUUCUUUUUUUUUUGUCAACAUUCUGUGUAAACUCAUUGGAUAGACAUGUUGCGCGGUGUAAACAGCUGUCUUACAGUGCCACUGGAUUUCAAAACAAAGAAUAAAUAAAUGAC